CUCAUUUAUAUUUUCUGAAAAAGGAAAAGGGGAAGAAGAUAGCUAUGGAGCUGGAAUUGGGACUCAAGAUCACCCACAACAAGGAUGAUAUCACUUCUGUUACCGAGCUGCGGAUUGCUAAAGAUCACACUGGUCCUCUCUUCUUGUCUAGAGAAACUGAGACAAAGUUCAUUCUUAUUGCACAUCUCAAAGGUUUUAGAAGAGAGAAUAUUGACAUCAAGAUCAAUGAAGAUGGGAAUCGGAUUGCGGUCAGUGGGAAGAGGGCAGUCCAGGAGAUGGUGUUAUCUGGGUGGAUUAUGCACAAGAAAGAUGUGGAGUUAAGGGCAUUUAACAAGGUUUUUCGAAUUCCUGAUGGGAUUGUUUUAGAUCGAAUCAAGGCCAAGUUCAAUGAUGAAGAGUCAAGCUUGACGAUUAUUAUGCCCAAAUUGGAGAAAGGAAUGCGCGGGCUGAAUAUUGAAGAAGUGAAGGAAGAGAAGUUUGAUAAGCCUCCUGAAGGAGAAAAGAAAGAGUCCAAGAUUGAGCAAAAGGAAGAAAUUGAGCAUGUUGUGCAGAAAGAGAUUGAAAGAACGAAACUUGAAAUGCCACAAGUUUUAGCUGAUGAAGUUCCUACUGAAGAAAAAGAUAAAGAGGAACCAAAAUCAGAAAGAGAAGAAGGUGAUCAGGUUGUUGAUAAAGGACAGAUUGAGGCAACAAAAGAGGUAGCUCAAGUGUUUUCUGAAAGAGACAGUACUGGAGGGAUGCUACAGGAAAAAUCUGAAGAGCCAAAAAUUGAAAACAAGCAAGAGGUUGAAAGGGUUGUGGAAGAAAAGUUUGUUGAAGACGAAUUCAGGGAAACGCAAGAUUUGGCUGAACCAGCAGUGCCUGAAAGAUCUGUUAACAUGAAAUUACAAGAGAAACCAGAGGCUCAAAGAGAAUCAAAAGAAGCCUCUCCUGAAAUGGCAAAACCUCCUGCUGCAAUAGCUACUCAUCCAGAUACUCCAACAGUGGAACCUGAAGAAGCUGAACAGGAGAAAAAGGAACCAACUGCAGCCACGGAAACUCAGAGAGAAGAGCAGCAACAGGAAAUUCCAGAGGCAGAGAUUGUAGAAGAAGAAAAAGUUAAUGGAAAAGAAAGCGCAGAAUUGACAGAAGCUGUCAUGGAUAAAGCAACUCAACAAGCAGAAGAGCAAAAUCUGUCAACUCAAUCUAAACAAGAGCAGGCAACAGAAGCAGUGGGAGAUGAAAUGCCAAAAGAACCAGAAAAGAAGGAACCCGAUACAAAGGUUCAAGAACCAUACCAACCUGUGCCUAGUCAAGAAAUGAAACAACCUGAAACAAUGCAGCCUGCAAACCUACCAAAGAAAAAUGAAAACCAAGGACAAGAAGAAAGUCCUGGAAUAGGAAGUGAAAUCGAAGAAGAAGCAAGUGAUCAAAUAAAACAACCAGAAGGAAAAGAAGUGGAGGAGAAAGAAUUGUCAGAAGUAGAGAAAAAGAAAGAUCUCAGCGAAGGAGCAACUAAAACUGAGAAAGCUGUUUCAAAAGGAUCUAAGCUAUGUCCACCUCUUGUAGUGGCAGGGUCAGCUAUCCUCGUCUCCAUUAUAGUGUUUGUAAUUAAUUAUAUUAGAUCUAAAAGAAGAUGAAUUACAUGUA